AAGCUGGAGGAAACUCGGCAGGAGCGGUGCAGCGCGCAGGCUGUGAGCACAGAGCCCUCAGCCUGCCUGCGUGAUGCAACCCCUCCUCCCCCUGCUGCUCAGGAGCGUCUGCUUGAAGCUGGGAACUGCACACAGCUGAGCUCAGAACUUUGGGAAUGGCUCUGAGAAGACUGAGGAGCUGGCAGUCAGGAGCUCUGGCACGCCUGGCAGCUGACACGUGCUGUAGGAGCUUUCUCCUUUCCAAACCCUUCAUCUCUGCUAAGGACAGGGCAGACACAGCUCAAAGACGCUCGCAUCUGGAAGGAUCUCUGUUUGGAUUCUGCUGCUGAUAACAGAGCCACUCACAUCCACAGAGGAAGAGAGGAAAAUUAUUGGAAACAGCAAGGCACUUUUCAAAGCGAGGACUGAAGGAGGCAGAUUUUCCCCUCCUUCCCCUUUUGGGAGAAAGGAGUUGCCCAACCAAGUCAUGAGACUUUCUCACACUUCCCAAAGCAGGCUCCUGGAGCGAUGACACGGCACCACUGAGUCUGGGUGGCGCAGCCCCGCAGCACGCCCUGAGUGCAGGCAACCUGGUAGGCACGGAGAAUGGAGAAUGAGGUUGGCAAAUCUGUGGACAAUCAAAUGGACAAAUACAUAGUUACAAUAAUGGGGAAAUCAGAAAGUCAAAUGGAUAUUGUGGAAAAAUCAACAAAAUCUGGGAAGAAAUCCUGGCGCUUCGUGGCCAUCGGGCUGGCUGUCCUGCUGCUCCUCAUGACUUGUUCUGCAGUCGCCCUGGUAAUCCUGUAUGCCAGCAGCAGAGGCACUCAGUAUGGUACCAAUUCAGGCAAUAUAUGUACCACACCUGGUUGUGUUACAGCAGCUGCUAGAAUCAUUCAGAAUAUGGACACAACAGCUGAUCCUUGCAAGGAUUUCUACCAGUAUGCCUGUGGAGGCUGGCUGAACCGGCAUGUUAUCCCAGAAACGAGCUCCAGAUACAGCAUUUUUGACAUCCUGAGGGAUGAGCUGGAGAUCAUCCUAAAAGGUGUGCUGGAGACUGCAGAUCAAGGGGACAGAGAAGCGUUCCAGAAAGCUAAGAUACUGUACAAGUCAUGCAUGAAUGAGAGUCUGAUAGAGCAGCGAGAUUCAUUGCCUCUGCUAGAGGUCUUAACAAUGGUUGGAGAUUGGCCAGUGGCUUCUGCAGACUGGAACAACACCAAAGAACCAAGCUGGAGAAUGGAAGAGAAACUCUCCAUAAUGAACUCCAGAUUUAACAAACGUGUCCUCAUUGACAUGUUUGUAUGGAAUGAUGACCGGGAUUCCAGCAGACAUAUCAUCUAUAUUGACCAACCUAGUUUAGGAAUGCCAUCCAGAGAUUACUACUUUAAUGGGGGCAACUACCAAAGGGUAAGGGAAGCUUACCUGCAGUUCAUGAUCACUAUUGCUAAGAUGAUCCGAGAAGACAUGAAUGUAUCCAAAGACGAUUUGUUUGUCCAAGAGGAGAUGGCAAAGGUUAUGGAGCUUGAAACAGAUAUUGCAAAUGCAACUACCCCAGCAGAAGAAAGGCAUGAUGUAACCUUGUUAUACAACAAAAUGACCUUAAAAGAGCUACAGGAAAAGUUUGCGUUGAACGAAUUUAACUGGACCUUCUUCAUCCAGGGUGUCAUGUCUUCAGUAAGUGUUCAGGUUGACCCAGAAGAAGAAGUUGUUGUAUAUGGCAUGCCAUACUUGCAAGAGCUGAAAGCAAUUAUCUCCAAGUACUCAGCAAGCACCAUCCAGAACUACCUCAUUUGGCGACUGGUAAUCGAUCGAGUCAGCAGCCUGAGUCGGCGCUUCAAGGAUGCUCGGGCCAGCUACAGGAAGGCACUUUAUGGGACAACACUGGAAGAAGCCCGCUGGAGAGAAUGCGUGAGUUAUGUCAACAACAACAUGGAGAACGCAGUAGGAGCAAUGUAUGUCAGGGAGACAUUUGCUGGUGAGAGCAAGAGGAUGGUCCAAGAUUUAAUAGAUAAGAUUCGUGAAGUGUUCAUUGAGACUUUAGAUGAGUUACAGUGGAUGGAUGAGGCAUCUAAAGCAAAAGCUCGUGAGAAGGCGUUGGCAAUUAAAGAACAGAUUGGCUACCCAGAUUAUAUUUUGGAAGACCAAAAUGAAAAGCUAGAUCAAGAAUAUGCCAAUCUAAACUUCAGUGAACACAAUUACUUUGAGAACAUCCUAGAAAAUCUGAGAGCUGGAGCCCAAAAGAGCUUGAAAAAACUUCGAGAAAGAGUUGACCAAGACAUAUGGAUAAUUGGAGCUGCAGUGGUCAAUGCAUUCUACUCUCCCAAUCGGAACCAGAUAGUUUUUCCUGCUGGGAUUCUACAGCCUCCAUUCUUCAGCAAACACCAACCACAAGCCCUGAACUUCGGAGGGAUUGGGAUGGUUAUUGGGCAUGAAAUUACCCACGGCUUUGACGACAAUGGUCGGAAUUUUGAUAAAGAUGGAAAUAUGUUUGACUGGUGGAGCAAUUUCUCAGCUAUGCAUUUCAAGGAGCAGUCUCGCUGCAUGGUUCACCAGUAUGGGAACUACACGUGGGAGCUGGCUGGAGGACAAAAUGUCAGUGGAAUAAGCACAUUAGGAGAAAAUAUUGCAGAUAAUGGAGGAGUCCGACAGGCUUAUAAGGCUUAUUUAAAAUGGCUGGAACAGGAAGGGAAGGAACCAAAGUUGCCUGGACUGAAUCUGUCCCACAAGCAGCUUUUCUUCCUCAACUUUGCCCAGGUCUGGUGUGGUUCCUACAGACCAGAAUAUGCCAGCCAGUCAAUAAAGACAGAUGUUCACAGCCCUCUGAAAUACAGGGUGAUGGGAUCUUUGCAGAACUUUGAAGCCUUCUCAGAGGUGUUUCACUGUAAAAAAGGCACCGCAAUGCAUCCAGCAGACAAAUGCAGAGUGUGGUAACCAAAGGACUACUGGCAAGAAUGACAUACAUUGGUGACACAAUGAACAAUUCUUGCCAACUAUGUGCCUGAUGUUUUCCCACUCAGUCACAGCCAAGGCUAAUGGUGCAGCUACUGCAGUGAGAAUCAAGGAAACUGCAGCACUCGAGCUUUUAUGGUUCCACUGGGAAGUAUGCAAGCAUCUCAGUGACUGCUGGGCUGUGCUGAAGUGUGCUCUGGAACAGAAACGACUGUUGGAAAUGACAUCCUGACUGUUACUAAGAUACCACAUCAGGGCUACAAAGACUAAUUCUUAAAAUAAACAAACAAAAACAACCCAACAAACCAACACACAACUGCACAUCUAUUUUUCAGAAAGCAGCAAUGAUUUUAAUACACCUUACAAUGACACCUGAGACUCAGCAAACCUGUUUGAGGUGUUUCACAGGACUGUUUUGUAGUAUUCUGAUUCAGUUUCUAGUGCUUUCUUCCCAAAUUCAGGUUAAAUCUAGUUUAAAUUCUCAUGUUGUCUGUCUACUUGCACUUUGAUUACUGCUUUGAUGUAAGAGAUUGCUGUUUGUCUUCAUUACCACGUGAGCUGUAUGUUCAAUGCUGCUGACUUCAUGCAAAGCUGUACUCUUCUACUGCACUUGAGUUCUGCUCCAAAGAGCACCUUAAAGUGAGUAUUGCCAGACAGAAAGUCACACUUAGAGGAAUACAAAUUCUGUUGUUAAAGAUAAAACUAUGGGGUCUCUUCCUUUAGAGAUGUAUUUAAAAAGAUGCUUAUUCUUGUAGAAGUGUAUAAAAUACUUUUGGGCAAAUAGCAAAUGUGAAAGUAGAAACAAUUGUUUUAAUUCCGUGCCUUUUCAUUUUGCCAUAGUCUAUUUUACAGUAUUUACACUUGACGAAUGUAAUAUCAUUAUUUUAAUUAAAAAAAAAUACAACGCAAUAGCCAAUGCAGCAAGGAUUUUGAUAUAGAAGUAGUUGGGUGACCUUCAGUAGGUGUUCUAAUAUGAUGAUGAUAUUUUAAAAUGUGAACAUUUAAUACAGUUUAAUUAAUCUUCCAGCAAAUGUUUUUCUUUCUAGCAGAGGAAUCACUGGAAAGCAAGAUAUUUACUGCUGGUGCUUAACUUGUGAAGUGCCAAAUCACACUAUUUGUUUGCUUCACACAUUUUGAUUGCAAACUAACAAAAGGUUGGAUUAUCUAAACCAUAGGGAAAGAAAUUAAAAUCCCAUAAUAGAAGCAGCUUUGCCCAUCAGAGGUGACCUAUUGAAGUACUCUGGCCCACGUAUGAGAGCAUAAGACAGUAAGAGCAGGCUAAAUCACUGAGUAAAGCUCUCCAAAUUCUUUUAUGAAUGUUAGUUUCCCCUACUAGAGUGAAAUCGAGUUACAGGUAAAUUGUAGCAUUUAUAGCUAAGAACACAUAGUUCAACUGCAUUUCAUUUCCAUCUGAAAAGUAAUUUUAGAAGAUUACUUUCUGAGAGAAUCAGUGCUACCUCAGGGAUGAACCUCUCGUCCAUGCCCUUCAAAGUCUCAGAGUUCAGUAGAGAAUAGGCAGUAAGCAGCCACAUAGGGUUUAGUUCCAGGUUUAUUUACUUCAUCUCUUCAGAAGAUGAAGAACUGCUCAGCCCAUAGAAUUGCCUGCAAACAAGUAGCACACAAAGCAUGAAGUUUGGCUUUCACCUCAGCUAAGAGGAAAAUUGCUUCAUAUCCAGUUCUUUUCCGGGUUGCACCUCAGAUGACUCCGUAUGGAAAUCUAUUCCAGGAGAUGCAAUCCAGAUCAUAUCAGGUUUUGUGUUAAAGCUCUGUCAGUCAACUGAGGACAAGUGCACUUGUGCACAGAUUCUGACAAAGACGCAGAUUUAAGGCAGGUAAGUAAGAGGAAGAGAUGAUUUUUCAGUGGGAAUUGUUGGAUUUGCAUGCAUAAGUGCCUGAAAACAGUAGGGUUGACUCACACUCAAAAUAAAACAAAAAAAAAAGGCAAGGAGAAGAGUGCAGUAAUGAGCUCCAAGAGUCCUUUCCACUAAAUCGAUAGCUACAUAAAGAAAGUCCUAGAUUGAAUUACACCUGUAAUAGGCUUAUUUUUCUCAGGUGUUACCUUUAUAGCUAUCAACAUGAUCUAAAAGCCCCUUUAGAAUGAAAUGCUGUCCAAGUUUUGUCCUGACCAGGAAGCAAGGUUAACCUUUCUCAUCACAUCUAAAACUGAUGCUUCACAGGAAGAGCAUUUCACUACUGUUUCCUAUUUGACAGCAUUUCACUUCUUUCAACAUGAGAUGUCUGGUUACAAGACAGUCAAGUGCUCUGAUAGAUCAGCUUUUGUCAUUUAAUUUGUGUAUGGUGGCAGGCAAAAAUAAACUGUAUUUAACUGCA